CCCCUUUAUCGAAAGUCGGAACCUUUAACGACGAACCGGCGACGUGAUUCUCAGAUCGACGGGCAAGAAUCUCCGCCGCGGAUUUAACCUUCCAUUGAAAAUUCCUCUGCCGCAACACUCGGAGAUGACUUCUACUAGCGGUGCGAAGAUCUCAAUGUUUGGUGCCAAGUCUGGAUUCGUUAUCCCUAAAAACAAGUUAUCUGGAUCAUUGAUCCCGAUUUUUCAACGUGGGAAAUCCCUGGGAGGUGCCGAUACUGGUAAUGGAGUGCUCGCGAAGCUCGGGAAGCGGAAGACUAAAUGGGGACCUGAUUUGACACAAGAUACUGCAGUCAAGAAGUGUAGAGCUUUAGCUUAUCAGAAACGCUUGGACCAAAUUACACAGCAAUUGGAAUCGGGAACUCUUGAAGCCGAGACUAGCAGAGAGUCAGCUUUAGCUUCACAGAAAAGGUCACUGGCUUACCAGAACAACACUGAUAUUGCUGAACAUCUGGAGUUAGAAAAACGUGAAGCGAUUGGGGAGAUACUUGAGUUGAAUCCGAGGUACAAGGCUCCACCUGAUUAUAAGCCAUUGCUGAAAGAGGCUAGAUUGCCGAUCAAUGUCAAAGAACAUUCUGAUUUUAGCUUUUUAAGUUUCAUAUUUGGUUCCCAAGGUGAUACUCAGAAGCGGCUCGAAAAAGAGACUGGAGCCAAAGUACAAAUUUUUGGUACUAAAACAGGAGGAGAGGAGGUUGAACUCUCACCUUCAGAUGAAAAUGAGUUCAAGAUGUCCUGGCAAGAGUUAUAUUUUCAGAUAUCAUCUGACACUUACGAAAAAGUGGAUGCAGCUAUUGCUGUAAUUGAGCUGCUUAUCACUUCAGUGUCUGGAAAUACAGGAGCUGGUACUGCUCCUCCACCGUCCAGAUCUGAAGGCAUUUCAACCAUUCCAGGCGACAGCAACGUGACUGCUACAGAUCCAAGGCCUGAACAGCCAACUGAUAGCUCUGUACAACCUCCACAAAGCCAAUUCCAAGAGCAUGGUUCUUCUUUUCCAUUGGCUUCAAAUCAAGUUCCAUUUUAUCCACCUAUUAAUCCCCCUGCCCCAAGUCUUGGUAGUCAUAUCCAGGAUCAACAACUGCCAACCAAUUCUAUGAACCCCAAUCCUCUCUUUGCUCAGCAACCACUUCCAACUUCUCAUAACACAUCACUACAUCCUGAUGCUCAAGUCCCUCGUCCACCAGAUUUGUUCUCUUUUAACCUUUCCAGCACACCAAGGCCCUACUCCCUGGUUGCCCCACAAGGAUCGUUAGCUCAACCGGGUUUUUCGACUGUUCCUCCAUAUUCUGGCAGCCAGAUACAACCAAUAGGACCACGAUCUACGAUGAGGCCGUCGACAGUAUUGACUUUCCAACCUACACCUAGCAGUGUAUUUAGACCAACGCCACUGCCAGACAUAGUCUCAAGCAACAUGUCCCAACCAGCACGGCCUCUGGCUCCUAACUUCAGUGCACAUCCCGUAGCUCAUCAGCCAGGUACUGAACUUCCAUCAGUCCCCUUUUCCUCGAGUAUCAAUCUGAAACAUCUAACAGAAUAUGCUUCUGAUGGUCCUCUGCGUCCCAUGUCAGUGUCAGCGCAUAUUGCUGGCAGGCCUGCUGGUCCUAUUCCUUCUUAUUCUUCCAUAAACCCUCCCGCAAAUACAGCUCCUAGGCCGUUUCAAGGGGAUUUCGGCUUCCUUCCACAACAACAGAUAUCUCCUAGACCCAGCUUUCAAUCAGCUCAUCUCCCUCACCUGGCAUUUCAAGCACCAUCCGUCACUCCACCCUCUCAACAUUUUGGGCAAAACUUCGCAAGAUCACAGCACUUUGGCAGGCAGAUGGAUCAACCCCUGAGCCACCCGCCUGCACUAUUUCAUGGUAACGUGAGAUCUUCCAACUUGCAGAACUUUGGACCUCCAUUGCCCCAGAUGAGGCCUAGGAACUUCCCUGGAACUCAGUUCCCGCAGCAUUCUGCUCAUUUCCCUCCAAGACCAGUGUUUCAUGAUGAUAACCUGAACCCAAGUGGCCAACCACAGAUUCGCCACCGGUUCAACGCUGGUGUGCAUCAAGUAUAUGACCCUUUUUCACCUAGUGACGCUUAACGCAUUAGUGUUUUCAUUAUUGUGGUAAAGAUAUAACAUUGGUGGAUUGAAUUUUCCCCUCAGAAUUUUUCAAAGCAAAAGUUUGCCAUUUUCCAUGUAUAAAUACAAUAGCAUUAGCUGCAUUUGUCUUUUGAGAAAAUUCUGUCAGCCACUAUUUUGUGUUUUUU